GAAGCCCAUUUCAUGAAACAGGAGGUGAUUUAGUGUACUCAAAGGUUAUUUAGAUAGCCGAUUGUCAGACACAUAGAACAGGUCUGCCUUUCAGAUUCAAUGUAAAUUUUGGAAAAUGUCCUACACACAUUUCAUUGUGGCAGCAAUAGACUUCGGGACGACUUAUUCCGGAUACGCGUUUUAGCUUACACAAGACUAUGACUCAAAGAAUCCUACUUUCAAGAUCAUGAGUCCACAAGCCUGGAACAGCGGUAAAACUCAACUGACGUCAAUGAAAACUCCGACAUGUCUUCUGUUAGAUAACAAAGGCGAUCUAGACUGUUUUGGUUAUGAAGCAGAAGAGAAAUACGCUAACCUUUGCUUGGACAAUAACCACGGUAACUGGUACUACUUCAGGCGAUUUAAAAUGAGGCUCCACGAUUCCAGUGGCUUGGGUACCCAUACCGAAAUCGACGACGAGUCUGGUCGUAGGUUACCAGCAAUCAAAGUGUUCAGUCGGUCAAUAGAAGCACUGACAGGUCAUCUGUUCAAACUUCUAGAGGACAAAAGCAUCAGUGUCAAACCAACAGAAAUCAAAUGGUUGCUUACAGUUCCCGCCAUAUGGGACGACACGGCGAAAGGUUUUAUGCGAGAGGCUGCCAACAGAGCCGGCAUUCCAUCUGAAAACCUUACAAUAUGCCUUGAACCAGAGGCUGCUUCCCUUUUCUGUCAGUAUCUUCCGGUUGAGAAGUUCAGCAUGGGAGGUGAGAAAGGCUUCUCUGAUUCCAAGCCGGGAACCACAUACAUGAUUGUUGAUCUCGGAGGUGGAACGGCGGACAUAACUGUUCACGAGAAGGUUGCUGCCGGCAACCUGAAAGAAGUACAUCGAGCCAGUGGAGGGCCCUGGGGUGGAACAUUCGUGGACAGCGAGUUCAUCCAACUUAUCAGCUCCAUUGUUGGAGGUCCCACGAUGGCCGCUUUCAUGAAGGAGCAAAAGUAUGACUACCUGGAACUCAUGCGUGAGUUCGAAGCAGUCAAGAGAAAGAUUGGUCUUGGCACAAAAGACACGAUCAACAUGAAGCUGCCCGUGUCUUUGAACGAGACCUGUCAAAAAGUUGUAAAGAAAGAUUUAAAGCAGCUCAUCAAAAACGCAGGAAAAGAUAAGCAGAUUACCUUCGUCAGCGAUAAGGCCAAGUUUGAUGCAAAGCUUCUGCAAGGUUGCUUUCGCAAGGCAACUGAUAAGAUUGUGGCUCACAUGAAGGCCAUAUUUGAAAAAGAACCAUGCGGAAAGAAAAUUUCUAUGAUUCUGAUGGUCGGUGGUUUUUCUGAGUCUACAUUCGUCCAUGACGUGAUUAAAGAUGCGUUCGGAAACAAAGCCGGGUUUUCGAUUCUACAUACGGGGUGAAAGUGGAUCCUGAUUUCGUACAAGGAAAACACGAUCCAAAACGUCACAAGGUCGUAGACGGUGUUGAGAGAUGUGAUGGUUGUUUUUCUACGUUUAUCGAUAUCGGCACUGAGGUGAAGAUCGGUCAUAAAGUCAAAAAAACGUACCAAAACUCAGUUUCCAAUACUACUUCAGUAGCUGUUCGAGUAUUUACAGCCGAUGAAAACAAUCCAUCGCCGACUUACGUGGAUGAACCAGGUUGCAGAUCCCUUGGAUCACUGGAUGUUACCAUUAAAAAGUCGCCACACAAACGAAGCAUUGCAGUCGAGUACAUUUUUGGUGACACAGAACUUCAUCUCAAUGCGUAUGAUGAGGAAACCAAUGAGCCAUGCCAAGCUAAACUAAGAUUGUUCGAAUAAAGAAGAUGCUGACUGCACACAUUAAGAGAUAUGUUUUCUUUUUUUUACUUUAAAAUAUACGUCUAAUAACAAAAAUCAUUCAUUUAGUUGCCCAUUAGCAAAUUAUAUAUAUGUAUUUGAAUUAUUUGAUACAAGUUAGUGAUUGCAUUGAGACAUUACGACUUCCUUUAGAUUCGGCAACGACCAGUUAUUGGAAAUUUAUAAAAAAUGACUCACAUGUUCUUUUUGGCAGUCGUUUGCUUUUUGGCCUGCGCCAAGUGUUAUUCUCGUAUAGCACUACUUUUGUUAUUAACAUGCACAAUAUGAUGGAAAGUUAAUAUGACUACUAGUAUUUUCAUUUUAUUUACGUGUUUGGUUGUUUCCACUGAACGAUAGUUUAUGUAUUUUAGGUUGGUUUUUUUUGUAAAUAGGAUUUUUCUUAAUUUACUCAUAAGGUAGUCUAUCUCUUAAAGAUUGUGUUUCUUUGUAUCUUAGGACAUACUGUUAUGAAACUUCUUCAAACUGCUGAUGCGUACAUUGCACUUGUUUGUGAUUUUAAGAUUUUAUGUUAUUGUAUACACUUUUGUACUAGUAUAUACUUAUGUUAUAAUCAAAAAAUUAUUUUUAGAUUGUAUAUAUAAGUAUUAAUUUGGAUUAUAAUCGACAAUUUAUUUUUAGAUUCAUAUAAAAGUAAAUACUUGUUUUAUAAUCAGAAUGUAUUAUUUAAUUUUAUAUAAUAGUAUAUAUUUGUGUUAUUGUAAAAAAUAAUGAUUUGAUAAUGACUCAUUUAUAAGAACAAUCCCGUCAUUUUCACAGGCACUUUUGCAGGGCUAAUAAAUUAUUGCAAUGAACAUAUUUACCUUCGACAUAUGACCCGCGUCGUGAUAAAAAGGGCCUGAUUCCAUAUGCGGCCAGCUUAACUUCUGACCAGCCUGCGAAUUGGCACAGACCGGUCAUGAACUACGUUCUCCAAUAAUGAUACCGCGAAACGUGUCGCUCCUGACCAGACUUCGCGACUCAACUACGCUGGCCUUAUAUGGCAAUGUGAAAAUUUUCGCAAUGCGCGACUCAAUCAAAAUGUUACCGUAAAUGACAAACAUGUCAUCGUCACUUACCCAACAUGGCAAUCAACAAAAAAAUGGCAUCGGACAUAAGGUUUUUACAAAUAAACAACCAUCGACCAUUUAAAUUAUUAACCAUAUGAUUAUUUAAACGAAAAAAAAGUUAUCAUAUGUAGAUCUAGAUGACCACUUAAUAUAUAAUUACCUGUUAAAUAUAUAUCAAAACACACCUAUAAUAUCAUUACAUAGACUGUGCAUGACUUUAGACUAAAUUCAAGUGUUUCAUGUUGCCUUCAUGUGUUUGCUCCUGCAUGUGUACUUAUCUGUUCAUAGUUGUUGUUACACCACUUUGAUUGUAGAAAAUCUGUUGUAAUUAAAAUUAACUCUAGA